AUGUUCUCCAAGACCCUCCUCGCUUCUUCGCUCAUUGCGGCUGUCUCCGCUCACCAGAACUUCCACCAGUUCUGGGUCAAUGACGUGACUCCCGGCUACCAGGUCGGCGUUCGGAUGCCGCCUUCCAACAGCCCUGUGACCGAUGUCACAAGCGAAGACAUGGCCUGCAAUGUCGACGGACAGACUGGUGUUGCUGACACCGUAGCUGCCGCCGAGGGCGACACCAUCAAGGUUCAGUGGGAUCAGUCCGGACACCCUGGACCUAUUACCCACAUGCUCUUCGGCCCCGUUGACAGCGCGAAGGCUGCCACCGGCGUUGGUUCGUGGUUCAAGAUCGACGAACUUGACUACGUUGACGGCAAGUGGGCCAACGAAAUCAUGGGCGCCGCCAACAUGACGCACGAAUUCAAGCUUCCCACUGGCCUGCCCAGUGGCGAGUACCUUCUCCGCUCGGAAAUGCUUGCGCUUCACGGUGCGCAGACUGUCGGUGGAGCCCAGUUCUACAUUGGCUGUGCUCAGCUCAAGAUCACUGGUACCGGCAGUGACGGUGCUUGCGGUCCCACCAUCGAGCUCCCUGGCGCAUACAACGCUGAGGACGCUGACAUCUACAUCCCCAACGUCUACAACGGCUUCGACCCCACCAACUACACUGCCCCCGGUGGCCCAGUCGCCAGCUGCGAUGGCUCGGGUUCCACCACCCCAGUCUCGUCCAAGCCUUCCAACGUCACCACGCCUGCGACUUCUGCUGCCGCUGCCUCGAGCGUUGCUCCUGUGUCCACAAGCGUGAGCCUCGCUUCGAACGUUGCCGCUAUCUCCAGCGUAGCCGCUCCCGCCUCGAGCGCCGCUGCCAUCUCAAGCGCCCCGGUCGCCAGCGCCACUGGCUACGCAACUGCUGCCCCUGGCGGUAACAACACUGCCAUCCCCAGCUUUGCUGCUCCCAGCGGUUUCAAGACCUCAGUCAUUGCCGCUCCCACCAAUGGCACUUCUCCCUCUGCUCCUGGCUCCACUGGCUCUGCCGGAAGUGUCAAGAAGUACGGCCAGUGCGGUGGUAAGACAUACACUGGCGCUACAAGCUGCGAGAGCGGCUCUACCUGCACUGCCAUGAACGACUUCUACUCGCAGUGCGUCUAA